UCAUUCCAUUCAAUCGGCAAGAAUAAGCCCGAAUUCAUGCAUUUUUUUUUGACAACAGAAACUUUUCAGAGCGAGACUUUCCUCGUUUCAGACUGGUUGGCUCAUACACCGAAGAAGGUGGUGACCAAGAACUUUGACUUUGAUUGCAGCGUGUUUGACAAGCUUCCAAAAUCGAUAUUGUCAACAGAAAAGUAUAUUUGCGGGGUCACACCUGAUACGUCCUCGCGUGGCUUACUGUCUGACGUUCCAAAGUCCGAGCACCGUUUUGAGCUUCGCCUAACCCCGCUCAAGACACUGGGCUGUACAGUCCGCAUUGCUGAUACUUCAGGUUUCCAUGUCUCAACAGUCAUUGCUGCUGCCCAUCUGAUUAUAAAAGCUCAUGGCCUGUAG